AUGGAUGGAAAGGUUGACUCAUUGUUAAGAUGGCUAAAAAAAUCAGAUAAAUUUUAUAUAGCGCAAAAUAUCAACAUCAGCGAGUCACCAGAAUCGGGCAGAGGAAUCGUCCUCAGCCACGACUCUGUCAAAAAAAAUGAUGUCAUUAUAUCUGUACCAAGCUCGAAGCAACUAAAUUUUCACACAAUCCUGUAUCAUAUUUCAAAGUUCAAUAAAGAGCUCAAUAUUCCUGGCGUCACAAUCGAUAGAAACCUGACCGACAGCGAGGAGAGCACUAUCGCUGGGGAAAGUAGAGGUCCAAUAGACCCGAGAUUCGAACUUUAUUCUCAAUUGUCGAGGGACUACUUGCUGAAUUUAUCAUCAUUUCAAUUGAUAUCAUUUUACAUAUUGGUGGAAAACUAUUUAUUACCAAAAUGGACUCAUAAUGAAAUUCACUCAGAUUGGAAACCAUUUUUUGAUAUAUGGCCUUUUAAGGAAGAGCUGCGGUCCAUUCCAGCUAUUUGGAAUUGUGAACCAAACUCACAGUGCCGCCCGCUGAUAGAAUACCUACCGACUGCUUCACGGAACCAUAUGAUAAGAAUCAGCGAACUUGUCAGGGAAGACUGGAAGACUAUUUCAGAAGUAAUUUUUGACUGGAACAAAGUUUGUAACUCAACAAGUGGAAUUAAAAGCUCUGAGAAACUUACCAGUAAUGAAUUAUUUUCCCUAUUUCUACAUGUCUAUUUCGUUAUAAAUUCAAGAUGCCUUUAUGCCGAAAUUCCGUUGAAAAUGGAGGACCGUUCGAGCAAUUUCACUUUAGUACCAUAUGUUGAUUUCCUUAACCACAUUUGCGAGGUAGAUUUACAUUGCUAUCCUCAAUUAAAUGCUCUGUUGAAAUCAGAAGGAGAGGAAAUUAUUGGAAUUGGGCAAUUCAGCAUUAGAUGUGGCGAAUACUAUUACAACAAUAUCAAUGAGGAACUUUUUUUGAAUUAUGGUGCCCACUCCAACGAUUUCCUAUUGAACGAGUAUGGAUUCGUAGUAAGUGAAAACAAAUGGAAUUACCUAGAUAUCUCUAAUGAUAUAAUUGAACUAAUAAACGACGAUAAAGAGGAGGUCAAAACGUUUUUAGUAGAACAUGAUUAUUGGGGAGAUUACACAAUCAAUGGGGGUGAUAUAAGUUAUAGAAUACUAGUAGCUUUGAGCUAUUAUCUAACUCGAGACAAAAGAAGGGUUCAAAAGUUUAUUGAAGGGUACAUAUCAGAAGAUUACUUCAAACCAAAAAUAUCUUCAAUUUUAAAAGUAUUAUUGGCUGGAUUAAGUGUAAAAUUUACGGAAACUCUGAACCAGUUGACAAAACAAGCAGAUAAUGCCGAGGAUAAACUAUGUUUGCAGAACGUCAUUACCAUAUACGCAGGGUAUAUAAAGAUUCUUGAACGAAACUUGCAAACCCUAUAA